AUCCGUCUGAGGUCAACAUCACCAAAGAAAUUACAAGAAAACUGCACACCAAUAUCUUUCAUGGACAGAAAUGCAAAAAUUCUAAACAAAGUUUUAGCAAAUUGAAUACAAUAUAUAAAAAUGAAAAUAUAUCAUGAGUAAAAGCGGGUAAUGCUAGGGAUGCAAGGCUGGUCUAACACUGUAAUGUCAAUCAAUGCCAUGAAUCAUGUGUUUCUUCCAGUGAAGUUGGAUCUCUGCCCAGCCCAUCCUGGAAGAAGGCCAUGCAAUCAGCCAGCCACCAGGGGACGGUGCUCAGUGUUUGUCCCUAAGUGACCCCCACCACCCACCCCGUCUUGCCCAGGUAGGCCGCUUCUGGCUGGCACCCAGUCCCACAAUACCCCGGGGCUUAGCGUGGCCUCGCCUUCGCACGCUGGUCCCGCCCCCUACGCCGAGUCCUCAGCCUCGGAUUGGUCGCUGUGGCUUCCGUUUUCCUGGUGGGCGGGGCCGUGCCGGGGCGGGGCUGUGCCGGGGCGGGGCUGAACGCUGGGACCCAGAGGAGCUGCCCUGGCUAUUCCGACAUGCGGGCCGGCGCGGGCUCGACCGCGGCGGACACGGCGGACACGGGCGCGUCGGCCGAUGGCGUUGGCCCCGCGGGGUCGCUGACUGCCGAGGCAGAGGCGGCGAAGCUCCUGCCCUUCCUGGCGCCCGGCGCGCGGACGGACUUGCAGGAGGAGGCAGUGCGGCACGUGUUGGCGCUGACCGGCUCGGGACCGGGCCGGACGCUGCUGGCCGGCCAGGCGGCGCUACUGCGGGCGCUGGUCGAGUUGGCAGCGGCCCCGGCCCCGGCCCCGGCCCGCGACGCCGCCCGCGCCCUGGUCAACCUCGCCGCCGACCCCGGUCUGCACGAGCCGCUGCUGGCGGCCGAGCCCGGACUGCUUGCCCGCCUGCUCGGCCGCGCGUUGGACCCACAGUGGCCCUGGGCGGAAGAAGCGGCCGCCGUGCUGGCCAACCUCAGCCGCGAGCCGGCGCCGUGUGCCUCGCUCAUGGAGGCGCUGAUGGCCGCGGAGCCGGGGGAGUCAGGCCUGGAGCGGCUCGUGCGCGCGCUGUGUACUCCUGGCUACAACGCCCGCGCGCCACUGCAUUACCUGGGGCCGGUGCUGUCCAACCUCAGCCAGCGUCCCGCGGCGAGAGCCUUCCUGCUGGACCCCGACAGGUGCGUGGUCCAGCGGCUGCUGCCCCUUACCCAAUACCCAGACUCCACGGUGCGCAGGGGCGGGGUCGUGGGGACGCUGCGAAACUGUUGCUUCGAGCACCGACACCACGAGUGGUUGCUGGGGCCUGAGGUGGACAUUCUGCCCUUCUUGCUACUGCCCCUGGCUGGGCCUGAAGACUUCUCUGAGGAGGAGAUGGAGCAGUUGCCUGUGGACCUGCAGUACCUGCCACCAGACAAGCAGCGGGAGCCUGAUGCUGACAUUCGCAAGAUGCUCAUUGAGGCCAUCAUGCUGCUGACAGCCACAGCACGUGGUCGGCAGCAGGUGAGGGACCAGGGAGCCUACCUGAUUCUGCGUGAGCUGCACAGCUGGGAGCCUGAGUCCGAUGUGCAGGUGGCUUGUGAGAAACUCAUCCAGGUACUUAUUGGUGAUGAGCCGGAGCAUGGCAUGGAAAACCUGCUGGAAGUGCAGGUGCCUGAGGAUGUGGAGCAGCAGCUGCAGCAGCUGGACCUCCAGGAGCAGGAGCAAUACCAGCGUGAGCAGCGAGAGCGGGAGCUGUCUCCAGAGUCACAGGCGGAGGGGGCUGCACCCACCUGAGGCCCUUGCAGCCCACCACCAGCUCCAGACCCACCUUUACUAGCCCAUCACUCCAGGCCUCCCAGAUUAGGUCUUCCUGCACACUGCCUGCAGGCCUCUGGGUCACCUUGCUUGGAGGCUGGGCCCUACUGAGACGCACAGCUACACUUAAGCUCUGGGUUCAUGCUGAGGGCUCUAGGGCUAAUGCCUCUUAAACAUUAGAGGAUUGAGGGCACCUCCCUGUGCCUGUUGCUUCCAGCAAAAAUGCAGCUUGUUCAGAGGAACACUGUUCAGCCAGAGCUGGCCAGGCCCUGUGGCUCUCAGGUACCUCCGGCGGGGAUGCCCAGUGGAGCCAUGAACUUCCUCCCAGGCAUGGUGGUAGGGCUGGACAGAAAAACAUUGUAAGCCAGAGAGGCCAUCUGGAGCAUUCCAGUCCCAUGGGUACUAGAGGGGUCUAGGCCAGGCAGAUACCCAGGUGUAAGCAGUGUUCCUUUCUGCCAAUCCCACCCCAAGUCCCUCCAUCUGGGCCCUCAGCCUUUAUGGGCUGACCUUUUAAGACCUUUGCCAGCUACAUCCUGCCCAUGGGGUCUUCUGGAGCUGCACCCCUGGCCUGUCAUUGGAACAUUGGUUGGGUACUACCUCCCCUUCAUCCUCUUCACUUUCCCAUGCCCUGGUUUUGCCCGCAGCCUCUUGCCAACAUGAGACCUAGUUCUCCCAAGUGCCAUGUGUGAUCCCCCUAAUUCUGCAACCUCCAAGUAAUUAUAUAGGCUAUCACGGGUAGGCUAUCAGCGUGGCCCUUACCAUUCUAUACUCCCUUCCUGGGCCUCCCACCAGACCUAGUGCCAUCUUUUGCAUAGGACCCAAGUGCUGGCCUUCCCAGGCCCUGUGCACCCUGGUGCUGCAGUGCAGUUGGCUCCCCGGGAGUUCCCGGCACCGGCACCCCUCAUACCCUCUGUCUUGGUGCUGUUUCCAGAGCUGGAGGUCUGCUCCCCUUGUGCUGUCCCGUGGAGGCUGGGUGCUUCAUGGGUGCCAGCUCUCUGCCUCUGCAAUCCCUUCUGUCCCCCCUCCCCCAAUUAAAGC